UCUGCCCGGCACCGUGGCACAGGGAAACUAAAACCCCAGGAGGGCCAGAGACUACCUCGGGCAUCCUGACCCUGCCCUGUUCUCACGGGGAGCGAUGGCACCAGGCAGAAGGGACGGGUGCCGCGGGCGGGGGAUGGUGGGGACAUGUGCAGCAGCACAGGCUGCCCUCUGCAAGGCCGUAGCCGGACACCGGCAGCUGGUGCUGCAGCUCGGGGGCAGCGGUGACAGCCCUCGGCUGCGCGAGGAGCGGCGCAGGAGGAGCACGGAGGCCCGUGAGCUCAGCACCGGUAAGGAGGGGGCUGCUACACUGGGCAGCAGGCACAGAGCCCCCCUGGACCCACAGCAGGGCCACGGAGGGGCUCUAGUGCUGCCGUGGCUUAGUGUCCCCUGUCCGGCAGGGCUGCGGCGGGUGCUGCUGGCAGGGGUGAGGCAGGCACCAGUGAGCCCCCGGGAGCGGCGGGAGCUGGAGCGGCUGUGGGUGCUCUUCCUCUCCGCUCUGGAGCUCUUCCUGCAGGACCUACGCAGAGCCCACCACCUCUGUCAGCUCUUCUCCGUGCAAGAGGGUGGCGUGGCCCCGCUGCGCACUGGGAUGGGGGGCUGGGGGCUGCCUGGGCGGAGAGGGGGGAGUCACACACAGCCCCCAGCGGCCCAGGGCUUAGAGGAAGAGAUCGAGCAGGUGAGGGCCAUGCUGGCAGAGAUGGAGAGCGGAGCCAACAUUCCGCCAUGGACGGUGGAAGCCACGGAGACCACACAGCCAGCAGGGAUAGGUGGCACUGCAGCCAGGGGGGCUUGGGCAGGGCCUUGGACUGGGCACUGCUGUGGGGUGCUCUGAAGGGGAGGCCAGGAGGCAGCAAAGCUGGCACCCCCUGUCACAGAGUUGGGUACAGGGGCCCCUAUGUACCCCCACAGUCCCCUGCUCCCUGUCUGUGCAUUGCUGGGGGCUGCCCCUACCCUGCA